AUGAGACAGCCUUCGUCAACGGGAGUAUCGUCUAGUCCGGGUACAUCCCCGCGGGUCAACAGCCUCGGCGCACCCAACAGCGCGUACCCCUCGCGCGGCCCCCCGAGCCCGCAUGUGAACAGCGCGUACCCCUCGCGCGGUCCCCCGAGCCCGCAUGUGCACGGCGCGUACCCGUCCCCCCGCCCGCAGCACUUGGCGCUUCCCCCGAGCAACACUCCGCCGCAGUUUCCCCACGAUAACCGGCGCGCGAUCGCUCCCUAUCAUGUUCCAGCGGGCGCAAACACCGCCGUAGGAGCCGCCGGAGCUGGCGCCGCAGGCAACGCUCCCGUGGUGCAAGAGUCGCCGUCUGCGCGAAAGCAGCCGCAGAAGAGCCCGUCUUGGGAGGAUCAGCUUAAAGCGGGGUUGUUCCGAAAGAUGACAUUAGAGGAAGUGCGCGAUGCGACGGGAUGGUUCAGUCCGCGCAAUUUCAUCGGCGAAGGGGGUUUCGCGCAGGUGUACCGGGGAAAAGGGCCCGGGGAUGUGGGGUGGGCGGUUAAACGGUCGAAGCGGCCGCUGUCGGAAGGAUCUGCCGGCGCUCGCGAUUUCGAGAAAGAGGUGUUUCUGAUUUCGCGACUUUCGCACAAGAGCCUCGUGCGACUGCUGGGUUACUGCAUGGAGUCGGGCGAGUAUAUCCUCGUUUAUGAGCUCGCCGCUAAUGGAUCUCUCGGUUCUGCACUUUCCAAGUCCCGCCCGCACUUGACUUUCACCCAACGCUUAGACAUCGCUAUAGGAACCGCGGAGGCGCUGCAUUACUUGCACACGGCAGUAAACCCCCCUAUAGUGCACCGCGAUAUCAAGCCCGAUAACAUUUUUCUGGAUCAAAACUUGAACGCAAAACUAGGAGACUUCGGCCUGCUCAAGAGCAUGCUAGGAGCUGGGGAUUCCGCAGGUGCUGCCACCUCUGCUUUUACACGAGUGGCUGGUACACCCGGUUACCUGGACCCGGACUAUCACCGAACAUCGAAGGUGACUACUAAAGGGGAUGUGUACAGUUUCGGUGUGGUGUUACUGGAACUGUUUACUGGGCAAAGGGCCAUCAUAAAGCUGCCCCAGAAAGGUUAUAAUGUGGUGCUCUAA